GAUAAAUCCGCGGUCACACUGCGGAACAGCCUGUUGCGGAACGUCCAAAAGGAUUUUUGGACAGGACCUCCACCAGACCUUGAUAACGAAAAACAUAAUGUCGGGAACACUAACGCUAUGCGUCUGCGACUACUGGAAACGGCGUCACUACUACAAACGCCCUCCACUGGCCCUGGAUGCAGCCACCACAACAAAUGAAGAUGCGGCGGCGUCAGCGGCCCCCGCGCAUCUGGAAAAAAAGACAGUGCGUCGCCUGCGGCUGCAGGUGAAUGCCAUAAAGGGCAACUAUUAUUUGCGGGAGUUUCUGCAGCAGCGCGUGCUGGCACUGCGGCUGCGGAACCAUCAUGGCGUGCAAUUGAUUUGGCUGGAAUUUGAGCCCCCGGAACGGGACACCAUCGAUUACAAGUUUGCCGAUAUACUGGCCCACACCAUCUGGGAGCACAUAGAGGUGGAGAAUCUAAUGUCCUGGCUAUCCACACUCGGCGGUGGCUUCUCAGCGCUGGGCGAGCAAUUCGGACGAUGCGCGGAAACGGCUGGCAAGAUCUCGCUGCAGCAGCUUAAGAUUGGCCUACGUCUGGGUGAUCCCUUUCUACAGGCCCGCUGCAAGCUCUACUACAGUAUUUCGCUGAUACAACGCGGCCAUUUGCGUGCAGCCAAGCAUCUGAUCCGGGAUCAGUAUCAGUUUGCACGUGUCCAUCAGGAGAAGGAUCUGCGACUGGUGCGCAUGUGCCAGGGCAUUUGGCUGCGUCUACGAUACGAGUACGAGCAGCGGAAUCAGCGGCUUAAGCAGCCCCCAGCAACAACAGCAACAGAAAGUCAAUAGAUCCUUAAGCCAAACAUAAGAAAAUACUCUACACUGUACUCUAAUCGUAAUAAGCGUUACUACCAUUUACCAUUAGGGGAGCACAAGAGGCAGGAGCAGGAGCAGUAGCGGUUGGUUUUUAUUCCAAGCUUUUAGGCCAAAUUUAAAUUGUAUAUUCAAUAGUUCUUUUUAUUAUUAUUAUUUAAUGUGUAAUUGUAUAUACGUAAAAAAAUGCAUUUACAUCAUUCACUUUCUCUUUUA